CGCGAGUCGGAACUCGUGUCUGCGGAGUACGUACGAUAAGUCGCAACUUUCAGUAACAUUCUAGAGGGCAUAGGACAAUCAGGAUAACGUCCGGAUGCUAGUAUCGUUCAGUUUAUCACAGUACCAUGAGCUUGUGCUUGCGCUCCAUCAUCCUUCCUCCCUCAAGACCUAGGACAGCUCUUCAAUGGAGUCCGAGAUCAACAAAAGCCCCACUUUUUGCUCGGAGGGUCACAUGGCAGAGACUUGGAGUUAUUAGAGAAGAAGUUGAGACCGUUACUGUUGAGUCUCUCGAAACCCAACCAAUCACCAGUGAUUCCAGAGAAGAGAUCCAGGAGGUAAUCGAUAAUAAUGGUUUUGCUGUCCUCGGAGAGCCGGAAAAUAUCCAAACUCCAACGGAACCGUCUCCCACUAUAGACUAUGAGAAGCGAAAAGAUGAUACAAGCUUUGAGGAUAGAUUCAAAUUGCGGAACGGGCGAGAGGUCUUUGAAGAAAAAGCUUAUCUCGUUGGGGUUGAGCGGAAAGGUGAUCAAGAGGAUUUAUUCAGUGUCGAUGAAUCACUCAAGGAGUUAGCCCAGCUCGCUGACACUGCUGGACUUCUUGUUGUUGGUUCUUCAUCUCAGAAACUUGCUACUCCAAAUCCAAGAACAUACAUUGGAUCUGGUAAGGUUGCAGAAAUCAAGAGUGCCAUUCAUGCCCUGGAUGUUGAGACUGUAAUAUUUGAUGAUGAGCUUUCAGCAGGGCAACUACGUAAUUUGGAAAGGGCUUUUGGUGGAGAUGUUCGAGUCUGUGACCGGACUGCCCUCAUCCUGGAUAUCUUCAACCAGCGAGCUGCUACACAUGAAGCGGCUUUACAGGUUGCAUUGGCACAAAUGGAAUACCAACUUCCACGACUGACAAAAAUGUGGACUCACCUUGAGCGUCAAGCGGGAGGAAGAGUGAAGGGUAUGGGUGAGAAACAGAUUGAAGUGGACAAGCGUAUCUUACGAACUCAAAUUGGUGCUCUGAAAAAAGAGUUAGAGUCUGUUCGAAAACAUCGAAAACAGUAUAGAAGCCGGCGUUUUUCUGUACCAGUUCCCGUAGUGUCUUUGGUGGGGUAUACAAAUGCAGGAAAGAGUACACUCCUAAAUAAUUUGACUGGGGCUAAUGUUCUUGCUGAGGAUCGGUUAUUUGCAACACUUGAUCCAACUACAAGAAGGGUGCAGACGAAAAACGGGAAGGAGUUCCUUCUAACAGAUACUGUUGGAUUCAUCCAAAAGCUACCAACUACACUUGUGGCUGCUUUCAGAGCAACCCUAGAGGAAAUAUCAGAGUCUUCGCUUUUGGUCCAUGUCGUGGAUAUCAGCCACCCACUAGCACAGCAACAGAUAGAUGCUGUUGAAAAAGUUCUGUCGGAACUGGAUGUGGCAUCAAUUCCAAAGUUGAAGGUCUGGAACAAGGUUGAUAAGGUUGGUCAUCCUCAUCAAGUUAAGAUGGAAGCAGAGCAAAGAGAGGAUGUUAUUUGCAUUUCAGCAUUAAAUGGUGAUGGGUUACAGGAAUUUUGCAAUGCAGUUCAUGCAAAACUGAAGGAUUCUAUGGUAUGGGUAGAAGCUCUUGUCCCAUUUGAAAAGGGAGAACUCCUCAAUACCAUACAUCAGGUUGGAAUGGUGGAAGGAACUGUGAGUAUUACUCCUGGACCUCAAUCUCUGUUGUGGAUUAUUUUAGCAUCUGUUUAUCAAUGGUUCCAGGGUUUUAACCUCGGUUAGACUUAUAUGCUGGCUGCAAAGGUUCAAUCCAUGGUUCUAUACUUGGGAAAAAAAAAAGAAAAAGAAAGAUAUUCCUGAUCUAUUUAGAGCGGGCAAGGUAAACCAUAAACCCAGAAACAGUACUUCAGUUGUUUUCGGGAAGAUUUACUAUUGUCUGAAGAAGUAGGAGGAAAAAACUACUUUAAAUAUGUACAAACUCAUUGGACAGACAACAGGAUAAAAA